AUGUCUUUCUUACUUUCUUUCUUUCUUUCUUUCUUUUUCUUUCAUUCUUUCUUUCUUUCUUUCUUUAUUUCCAUUAUUUACCUUCAUUCUUUUUUCUUUGUCUUUUUUUUUCUUUAUCAUAUAAUUUUUUCGUUUUUUUCUUUAUCAUUCUUUUUUCUUUCUUUCUUUCUUUUCCCCAUUAUUUACCUUUCAUUUUUUUUCUUUAUUUUUCUUUUAUCAUAUAAUAUCCUUUUUCUUAUCAUAUGUUUCUCUUUUUUUUUUUUUUUUUUCUUUCUUUCUUUUCUUUUUUAUCCAUUAUUUCUCUUUAUUUUCUUUCUUUCUUUUUUUUUUUAUCAUGUCUUUUCUUUUCUUUCUUUCUUUCUUUUCUUUCUUUCUUUCUUUUCUUUCUUUCUUUCUUUCUUCUCCAUUAUUUACCUUCAUUCUUUCUGUCUUUUUUCUUUAUCAUAUAAUUUUCUUUUUCUUUAUCAUGCCUUUCUUUCUUUCUUUCUUUCUUCCCCAUUAUUUACCUUCAUUUUUUUCUUUAUUUUUCUUUAUCAUAUAAUAUCCUUUUUCUUUAUCAUAUGUUUCUCUUUAUUUCUUUCUUUCUUUCUUUCUUUCUUUCUUUUUAUCCAUUAUUUACUUUCAUUCUUUCUUUCUUUUUCUUUAUCAUGUCUUUCUUACUUUCUUUCUUUCUUUCUUUCUUUCUUUCAUUCUUUCUUUCUUUCUUUCUUCUCCAUUAUUUACCUUCAUUCUUUCUUUCUUUUUUCUUUAUCAUAUAAUUUUCUUUUUCUUUACCACAUUUCUUUCUUUCUUUCUUUCUUUCUUUCUUUCUUUGAAGAUGGUAAUUCGAUUCUUGUUUAUGAUCAGUGA